GUGUAUCGGUAAUUUUGAUGGGAGUCGUGGACUGGGUACCGGUAACUGAAUGACCGUGAUAGCCUCGGGAAGAAUACAGUAACCAUAAUCGUAUUUGAAAAUGGAUCCCUUAUUUACUGGUAACAUUCAGGUGGUGGAGGCAGAUAUUGAGCCCAUAAUAGCACAUGAAAAACUGACAGAUGAGGAAUAUGACUGGAAACCCAAAGGCAACAUGAUUAGUCAGUCUCCAGGUAACAAACCACUUCACAACGAGGGGAUAGACAGACAUUAUGGUACAACAACGUCAGGAAGCCCAACAAAUAAAUCGUUGAGUCAUAAGCAAGGGAGCAGAAAAUUGCCAGGGGGCAUUGCAAGGUACGACUCCAGAAACAACGGUAGUAACAGUGAUGGUGAUGUAGUUGAUGAUGAUGAUGCUAUACUGGUCUUUGGUGGAAGUGACCAGCUAGGAGAACAAGAUGGGAUUCCUGCCAGGGAGGUUAGAGACCAUGAAAGGAUAGAAGGAGAAGAUGGAAUUGUUGGUGACGCUAUUGUCACAGCGGUUGGCAAUGCCGGCUCUGAACACAUAAAGAUUGUACAUUCACAUGCCGACGACCGUUUGCGAUGUGGCUGGUUUGGUUAUUCACCUCCAUUUGCUCAGAUAUUCAACAACCGCAAGGGCUAUCUCUUGUUCUUAUGCAUGCUGUCCCUGAUCCAAGGCAUGACUGCAUUUGGGUUAGUUUACAUCAGUAUCACCACACUUGAACAUCGUUUCAACUUGGAUAGCUUCCAGAGUGGCUUCAUUUCCAGUGCCUAUGAUGUCUCUGCUCUCUCUGUCUCUCUUUUCGUCACCUACCUUGGUGAGCGGGGUCAUAAACCAAGAUGGAUCGGCAUAGGUUCUGUAAUAUUCAGCCUUGGAUCUGUAGUCUUUGCAGUCCCUCAUUUCAUGACAGGGCUGUAUGAUGCAGGUGAAUCGCGAGAUCCCCUUUGUCAUGACUUUUCUGACAAUGCGACGAUAAUGGAUAGUUGCAACAGCUCAGACGGUGUGGAAUCUGGUCUAGCUGUAUUUUACUGGGUAUUCAUUCUUGCACAAGUACUUCAUGGAAUUGGAGCAUCACCCCUGUACACACUUGGUGUAACCUAUAUGGAUGAGAAUCUUCAUGCUAAAGAUUUUGGUUUUUACCUGGGUAUCUUCAAUGCUGUGAAUGCAGCUGGACCAGCCAUAGGGUAUGCACUAGGAGGAGUUUAUCUCAGGAUUUACACAGACUUCCAUGUCAUGGACAGUGCAUUAGUAUCCCCUAACAACCCAACUUGGGUAGGGGCUUGGUGGUUGGGAUUUCUCAUCAAUGGCAGCCUUCUAUUUGUUAUCUCUCUUCUCAUGCUUGGCUAUCCUAGAGCAUUACCAGGAUCAAGAGAAAUUGCAAGCAAGAGAAAAAGUGAAGUUCAGCGGGGCCAAGAGUUUGAGUCUGGACAAGGUUGGAAGAAGCGUCUUCAAGCAUUUCCAAGGGCAGUCCUCAAUCUCAUCACAAAUAUUCCUUUCAUAUGCGUGUGUUUCUUCGCCAUAUGUGAAUGGUUCUUUGCUUCAGGACUGUCUGUAUUUGGGCCAAAGUAUUUGGAAUCUCAGCUGAAUAUUAAUUCUAGUGAUGCUGCAUUCUAUACUGGUCUUUUGUCGAUGACUGGGAUGGUGACUGGUGCUUUGAUUGGAGGUUGGAUCAUCAAGAGAUUUGAUCUUAAGUUCAAAGGACUUAUUGUCUUUGCCAUCAUAUGUACUGUAGGAUGCCUAGGAGCUUCCUGUACCUUCUUACUGAAGUGUCCCAAUGUCCCCAUGGCCGGUGUGACAGUUCCUUACCUGAAUAGCUCGGAUGACCUUGCUUUGCAUCACAAUAUCACAGCAAUGUGUAACAAGGAAUGUAAUUGUGAGAGAAGCUUUGAACCUGUUUGCGGCAGUGAUAAUGUUCUUUACUACUCAGCUUGCCAUGCAGGCUGUUUUGAGCAGUCAGAAAGCAAUAGUGUUUUGCAAUAUGCUGACUGUUCUUGUAUCAGGAACAACACUGGACCAGGACUUGGUACUGCUAAGCCUGGAAAGUGCUACAUCUUCUGCAGUUCUACUCGCCCCUUCUUUUUAGUCACCUUUCUUCUUCUAACCUUUGCUGGAAUGGUUUUAGUGCCUGUAUGGACAGCUACAAUAAGAUGUGUUCCUCAUUCACAGAGAACGUUUGCUUUAGGACUACAGAGUUUAUUGUACAGUGCAUUAGGAACUAUCCCAGGACCAGUAGUUCUUGGACUUCUUAUUGACAAAUCCUGCUUGGUCUGGGAAGGAUCCUGUGAUGGCUCCAAGACCUGUUGGCUCUACGAGAACUCGGACCUAUCCCUGGUCUUCUUCCUCAUAACCCUCUUGGCCCAUGUCAUUGGCCUGUUGUUCCUCGUGGGGGCGCUUUUCAGUUAUAGAAAUCCUGAUGGACAAGAUGGAGCUGACGGAAAGUAUGACAGACUGGAGAACGAUGGUAUUACUGAUGGAUUAUAAUCAUGUUGCUUUUGUUGUUCUGCUUAUUCUUCUUUGACAAUGUCUUGUUCUUGCCCUUCUGAAGAGUAAAAUCAUUGUGCCAAAGCAAUGUGUUGAGAAGUGCAUACAAUUACAAAGACAGAAUACUGUAAGUAACAGUCUAUUAUUUUAUGUAGCUAACAUGGUAUUUGAAGUCUUUUAUCAUGACUGUAUUUAUGCAGUGCAGUACAUGUAUGUACAGUACAUUGUAUACUGUAUAGCCCCUAUGGAUAAUUGACAUUUUUAUUUAAUAAGAUAUAUUGUGCAAAUGCCCGUAAAACCCAAAGUAGAGGAAUAAAAUCAAUAUAGCUACACGUAUAUUAAGCCGCUUGCUAUUGUUGAACUAUCAUCUAAUUUCCAAGGACACCAGGAUGAUGAAAUCUACUUUUUGGCUGAAAAAGGGCCCUAAGAAUUGGAAAAUUUAGGUAAAAUUGACAACCAAAUAAAGAAGUUGUUGCCAAAACUGAUUUGGGGGGAGUUUGGCGGCCAAUUUGGAUUUUGGCCUGGCACACUUUUUUCUCGGACCCGAGACAAAAAAUAUUGUCAUUUCAUGUUGAGAUACAUUACAAGGAAUGAAAAUAACACUGUUGCCAUAUUGAAAUGACAAAAAAACAUUUUUGACCCAUGUAAAGCCCACUCCUAAUAUUAUAUGCUCAUGCAAUACAAUACUUGUGCCAAAUAACCAUGUCACAGAAAUUGCAUCAUAUCUUUUGAUGCACCGUGACUAAAUCAAAAUACCUAUGCUUGUUUUUUAUCUCCAGGGUACUGAAUAUUGUCUUUCAAACAUUCUUCAUUUUGUGGUUUACAGGGUUAAAAUAGAAUACAGAAUCUAUAUGCACAAUGGACUAUACUUGAAGAAGUAAAUAUGUCAUGUGUUCAGUAUGACAUAUUCAGUUUAUACAUAUUGAGUUGAGACCUUUUCUUCAGAUCCUUUCUCUUAAUAUAAACUCACAUGGACCUUUCAUUGAAUGAUUCUAAUGAUGCAUAAAAUAUGCAUAUGAUUGUUAAUAAAAUUGUACUAUUUAUUGCUAGAAAUGCGAUGUGCAAUUUGUAAUGUGAAUUCAUGGCUACUGUCAUUAUUCAGAGUAUGCAUGUUUUUACUGCACUGUAUUUUUGAAGAAAUGGUGAAAUAUGAAGAUUAUGUCAAAUGAGUGACAUACAAUAAGCAAAGUGUACAGUACAUAAAGUUUUGAAUCCCCAUAGAGGUGACUGGAAAUGUCUUAAAUUUGUCUUUGGAAGACUGGUGUACAGAUGGGGAGGGGCAAGGCUUGAGAUGCUCUGCUCCCACUCCCCAAGUUCCUUGAACAAAAAAAAAAAGUGGAAAAGAAAGAAAGGGAAAGGAAAAGGGUGUCGGAUGUUAUCAUUUGUUCAGUAGUAUUUAACAUCUAUCAGAAAUUACAUUUUCAUUUAAAACAAGAAAAAAGUUUUUGUUCACAUUUUUUGCUUGCUCACAAAUUAAA